AUGAGCAACAACAAGAAGUUGACGCCAAUGCGCUACUAUGACUAUCGAAUAAUAAACUAUAAGAAUGAAUGUAAUCAAUUUUUCAGAGGCGGUGGUUUAUUUCAGCAAUAUUCGGUUGACAUAGCUGCGAAGAUUGAAGGACAUAGGCUGCGUUACAUCCGAUUGAAUCAAACAUCAUUGCGGUCUACAACAUACAAGGGCCUUACUGACCUAUUGAAUGAUGACGAUGUUUGUAGCAUCGGCACGCGAAUCAUACUGUUUUCCACAUUUGUCGGUGGAACAAGGUAUAUAAUGGAGCGAUUCCAGGAUGCAAUGAUGUACAUACGGAAAUGCGGCAAUGCUUUAUUCUUCAUCACAAUGGCAUGCGAUCCAAACUGGCCUGAAAGCCGGCAAAACCUGUUCCUAAAUCAGAAGCCGCAUGAUAGGCCAGAUUUAAUUGCCAGAGUAUUUGACCUGAAACGGAAAUUGUACAUAAAAUAUAUUCCUGGAGUAGAUGGCUUAUUGGGCAAGUGCAUUGCUUACGUGAUCACCGUCGAAUAUCAAAAUCGAGGACAUCUCUAUGUACAGUGUUUGCUAUGGUUCAAUGAAACCUCCAAGCCCAGACCAGAAGAAUACGAUAAAUUCAUUCAAGUCGAAAUAUCAGAUCCAAACAAACAUCCAGAGAGUUAUCAAUUGGUGUUGAAGCACAUGAUCCACAGUCCCAAUUGCUCUAACAAUUCGCCGUGUUAG